UGUUCACUUUGCCCACCUGCCCAGGCCCAGUCUUCUCCUUCCUUCUCGUUCUCUCUCUCUCUCUUACUCUGACUCUCUCACUUUCUCUCUCUAAAGCCCAACUGCUCUCUCCCUCUCACUAUAAUAAAUCUUCCCCACUGGUUUGAUUCGUGUGCUGACGAAUGGAGGAAAUGAAAUGAAGAGUGUAAUUUCCGUGUAUCUUGAGCUUGUUACUUUAGACUGGAUAAUUUGAGCGGUUGCAUGAGAUUGGUCAGCAGUUUUUCUCUGCAUAGAUAAUGGCUUCAAGAGCAAUCUUGCAAAGGAAGAGAUAUCUCUUCAAUUCCCUGAAUCAACCCAAUGGCUUGGUUCGAGGUUUCUUUAGUUUUGAGCACGGACAAUUAUCCCAGUCUGAUGAUUUAGGAACUGUGAACUGGGUUGCAAGCCAACCAUCUGCAACUACUGAUUGUAGAAGUGAAUCUUCGGGAGGCAAGAAUGCAUUGUCAGCUUUUAUAGCAUCAGGGUCUUUUAACCAUAGCUUCUUUAGGACAUCAACUUUGGGUAAUGGAAUUGGAAGGGCAGGCGUUGUUUCACCUCUGGGAGUUAGAUGGACCUUGCAAUCUAUACGUUACAUUUCAACAGCCUCAGCUGGUCAACCUGAAUUUGGGAGUAGUGGUGAUAGAAAUGGACAAAAGGUUUCCGCUCAGAAGAAGGAACCUUCACCGGAGGAGUGUGAUCAAGCAGUUGAAGGUUUAAGCACCGUAAAAGCUAAAGCAAAAGCUAAGCAGAUACAAGAAUCCGAAAAAGAUGCUAAAUCUUUUAUGAUAACAAUAUGGUCCAAGCUUUUGGGAAUUGGUCCUGCUCUAAAAGCUGUUGCAUCCAUGAGCAGGGAGGACUGGGCUAAGAAGUUUAGUCAUUGGAAGGAUGAAUUUAAAUCUACCAUGCAACAUUAUUGGUUGGGUACAAAACUCCUUUGGGCUGAUAUUAGGAUUAGCUCAAGGUUGCUGUUGAAACUUGCUAGUGGGAAGAGUCUUUCUAGAAGGGAGAAGCAACAACUCACACGCACCACAGCCGAUAUUUUCAGGCUAGUUCCUUUUGCAGUUUUCAUUAUAGUUCCAUUCAUGGAAUUUUUGCUGCCGGUGUUCCUGAAAUUGUUUCCAAACAUGCUACCAUCAACCUUCCAGGACAAGAUGAAAGAAGAGGAGGCAUUGAAAAGAAAGCUAAAUGCAAGAAUAGAGUAUGCAAAGUUUCUUCAGGGCACAGUGAAAGAAAUGGCAAAGGAAUUACAAAACUCGCAGAGUGGAGAAAUGAGGAAGACAGCAGAAGAUCUUGCUGAAUUUAUGAAGAGGGUUAGAAAAGGUAUACGGGUUUCUAAUGAUGAAAUUUUAGGCUUUGCCAAGUUAUUCAAUGAUGAACUUACUUUAGAUAACAUUAGCAGGCCACGGUUAGUAAAUAUGUGCAAAUACAUGGGUAUCAGACCAUAUGGAACAGAUGCAUAUUUGCGUUAUCAGCUUCGGAAAAGACUGCGGGAGAUCAAGACUGAUGAUAGGAUGAUUCAAGCAGAGGGUAUUGAGUCUCUCUCAGAAAGAGAGCUUGUUAUGGCUUGUCGAGAUCGAGGCUUACUACGACCAAUGUCAGUGGAGGAAAUGCGGCAAGAGUUGCGUGAUUGGUUGGAUUUGUCUCUCAACCACUUUGUUCCAUCUUCCCUCUUGAUUCUUUCUAGAGCUUUCUCGGUGCAUGGGAAAGUUAAGCCAGAGGAAGCAGUUCAAGCUACUCUCUCCUCUCUCCCGGACGAGGUUGUGGAUACUGUUGGGGUUACUGCUCUUCCAUCUGAAGAUUCUGUUGCAGAGAGGAGGAGGAAGUUGGAAUUCCUAGAAAUGCAGGAAGAACUGAUCAAGGAGGAGGAAGAGAAAGAAGAAGAGGAGCAGGCCAAGUUGAAGGACUCUGUUAGCAGACAAACAGAUGUGGCUUUGGAAGAGAUGACUACUCCCACAGCUAGAGAAGCACAGGAACAGAAAGGAAAAAUACUGGACAAGCAUGAGCAGCUUUGUGAGCUCAGUCGUGCAUUGGCUGUUUUAGCUUCAGCAUCUUCAGUCAGUCGGGAGCGUGAAGAGUUCCUGAGACUUGUCAACAAGGAGGUAGAGCUGUACAAUAGCAUUGUGGAAAAGGGUGGAACAGAAGGUGAAGAGCAAGCUAAGAUAGCAUAUAAAGCCGCCAGGAAGGACAGUGAUCAAGCUGCUGAGAUGGCUAAAGGUGAUAAAGUUUCUACAGCACUUAUAGACAGGGUUGAUGCUAUGCUGCAGAAGCUUGAAAAGGAAAUUGAUGAUGUUGAUGCCAAAAUUGGGGAUCGAUGGCGGUUGCUUGACAGGGAUUAUGAUGGGAAAGUAACACCUGAAGAGGUUGCAUCUGCUGCCAAUUACCUCAAGGACACCUUGGGCAAGGAGGGAAUUCAAGAACUUAUUGGAAACCUUUCCAAAGAUAGAGAAGGAAAAAUACGCGUGGAAGAUAUCAUCAAAUUAGGCUUCUCAACAGAAGAGGCUGAUGCAGAGGAAGCAAGAAAAUAAUAGAAGAUGUGAUUUCACGAUUUUUGGUUGAGUUGCUUUUUUAGGGCAUCUGUUGCAUUUUUUUUUUUUAAUUUUUUUUUUUAUAAGAUGCUGGUUUACAAGCCCAAUACCUUUCAAAAUGAACAAAAGCAGGAAAAUGAGGGCGAAAAUAUAUUGAGAUUCUUUGUAGCAGUAGGUAACAGGUAUCAUCAACUUUCUACCAAAAAAAAGGGUAACAUAUGUAUCAAUUUUAUAGUUAUGGAAAGGGCAUUAUACAUGAAAGAACAUCAAAUUCUUGCACUAAUAGACAAA